UUUUUCUUUUCUUUUGCUUUGGUUCUUCUAUUUUUGUUUUUGUUAAUUCUCACUCUGUGGGCGCUCACUGCUCGCGGUAGCACACUAAAACAGAAGUUGAACCACAUGACUGCCGCGUCGUUGUGUUGUUGUUGGUGGUGCUCUGUUAUGUUAUGUGCUGUUAUGGGCGCCCAACGAGUUAGCCGGCCCCAGAGCCGUCAGCCGAGUCAGAGCCAGAGACAGAGUGAGGCCGAUUUGAAAGGGCCCCCGCACAACCACUGGAUGUGUGUGCUCUUCAGUUCAGCGAUUGAGCUUUACGUGUGUGCAUCGCGCGUCGUGUCGCCGUGUUCGAGGUUCGAAGGUUGUGUGCGCACGCUAUAACCGUACAUAAAAACACGGGCAAAAGCGAAAUACAAAAGAAAAGAAGAAAAAUACCUUUCGUUGCUCUACGUUUACACUCUUUUGUUUUACCUACGGCAAACAGCCGCUUGAGUUAGAUUUUUUCGAUUAGACCUUUGCUCGUUUAGUUAGUUUUAGUUUGACAGCUGUCAAUUUGAAUUUGACAGAAGCUUCAUUGUGUUGUGUUUGGAAAAAAGUUGUAUUCAUUUUACGAGUUUACUGUACAGAACCUAACUUUACAAAUACGUAAAUAAAAUAUCUGAUUAUAUUUUUGUAUAUAUUGAGAAAAAGUUUUAAACUCAAGAUCAAAAAAUUACACAUGUGCAUCAUUGGGAGCGCAACUUUAGCGUGCUGUCAUGUUGAUCGGUUCGAAUGUAGGUAGUGAGUUUGGACAAUUGCCAAGUGCUCCGUGGAGUAUGGAGCCACAAAUAAGGCCACCGUUGACAUUAGCAAGCAGUGCUGCUGCAGCUAGUGCAAUGACAGCUGCAGCAGCUGUGGGCGGUAGUGGUGGCGGUGCCACAAUACCACCACCACAACCACCGCCGCCAUCAACUUCAUUGCAAUUAUCACCGACCGUUGGCCUAUCUACAUCGUCGUCAUCAUCAUCGUUACCAUCGCCUGGUGCGUCAGUAGCGGCAGCAGCAGCCGCUGCAGGACUCUUUCCCGGAGGCACACCAUCACCGACAACUCUAAGCGCUCUAGUCUCACAACAUCGCCUGCUGGAGUUAUCACGUUUCGGAUUGCGUGGCUAUGAUCUAGCCCAACAUAUGCUCACCCAACAAGGUGCUGUCUCAAAAUUACUGGGUACACUUCGACCACCUGGUCUAAUCGGUGGAUCAAAGCCAAAAGUAGCAACUCCAGCGGUGGUAUCGAAAAUUGAACAGUACAAACGGGAAAAUCCAACAAUCUUCGCGUGGGAAAUACGUGAGCGGUUAAUUUCCGAAGGUGUCUGCACAAAUGCCACUGCACCAUCGGUAUCUUCAAUCAAUCGAAUUCUUCGCAACCGUGCCGCCGAACGGGCUGCAGCUGAAUUUGCCAGAGCUGCUGGUUAUGGCUUAUACCCACCACCUCCGCACGCAUAUCCCGGAUUUUCUUGGCCGCCUUCUGCUGCGGCCGCUGCAGCAGCUGUUCAUCUCUGGCAACCGGGCAAUCAUAUGCCAGGUAUUUCACCAAAUAGCGUCGGAAGUACCUCAACAUCUGGACCAGCUCUGUCACCGGGUUCGGGGAGUCAUGACACUCUCGAGUCUCCAGAUGCAAAUCGAAUGAUUGACAUUGAAGGUGAAGAAGAUUCUGAAUCAUUGGACGAUGGAGAACAACCAAAAUUUCGACGGAAUAGGACAACUUUUAGUCCAGAGCAAUUAGAUGAGUUAGAAAAGGAGUUUGAUAAGUCACACUAUCCCUGCGUUAGUACAAGAGAAAGGCUUGCUUCAAGAACAACUCUCAGUGAAGCAAGGGUUCAGGUUUGGUUUUCCAACAGACGAGCAAAAUGGCGUCGACAUCAGCGCAUGAAUCAUCUCAAACAACGUGCAACACCACCCCUCCCCUCAUCCAACUCAAAAGCCCAUCAAUCAACCCCGGUUGCAUCAAUCAGCAAUUCCCAUCAAACCAAUCCGCAGCUCCAACGGCAAACUUCAUGUUCGCCCCCGGUAUCAAACACCAAACCAAUUUCCAUCAUGGGCCCCAUCAGCGACCAGCAACAACGCUUGACUACCAACCGCCCCUGUUCAAAACCUGUGGUGGACCAACAGGAGCUGCACGUGCGUUAUUCCUCCAGUCUGUCGGGAGAUUUCAUCCCUACAGCCAAUUUGCCAAGUAUCACCAACACCACCAGCAGCAGCAGCACCAACAACUUCAGCAACAACGGUUCCAACUCAUCACACCUGUCGCACCUCUCCAUACUUCACCAUCAACAUCAUCUCCCACCUCACCACCAUCAUCUGCAUCCUGCCCAACAAUCAAUGUCGACAUUGGCAGCCAUUGUGGCAGCUGUCCACAACAACAGCGAAGUCAACAAUCACCAAUUGCAAUCACCAACGCAACCUCAUCAAUUAAAACUGAAUCAAAAUCACCGGACGCCGCCACCGACGCUACCGACGGCAAAUCAGAGAACGGAAGCAGCAGCGCCAUCAUCACACACAGCAUCAGUUCCAUUAUCAAUGGGCGGUGAGCAUAGUGCCUUCCGGUCGUUGGUGAAUCCAUCGUCCGCUGCAAUGUUUGCCCUCGCCCAACAAUAUGCAGCUUCUAUGACAAAUGGUGGUGUGUCCUCAGUUGAAUCCGAUGAAGAAAUUAAUGUUCAUGAUGAUGACAGUGUUGACGCUGACGAUGAAUCAGAAAAUGAAAAACAUUAAAAUUAACAACAAAAAAAAUAA